UCGUACUCUUUCGUAUGCCAUCUGGUGCCGUUUGAAGCAAUAGCAGACGUCAGUGUCCAACACUGUGAAGUGUUUACAAAAAUAAAGUGAGCAGUGAAAGUAAAUUAUUCUAUCUACAAUUCAAUCUACAUCUUUCAGUAAAAUACUUAAAAUAAGAAUACCAUUUAUAUGGCGAUUCCCGAUCAAGGGACUGUCAUCGCUCUCGCGAUACUGAAUGAAAUCAUCCAACAAGAUGUUGACGACGACGACAUUAUUUUUCAAGAAAUAUCUGCUUCUAAUUCUGCCAAACAUGUUCUCCACUCAGACAACAGAGAAGGUCCCAGAAAAUUUUCGGGAAUCGUGGGUUAUGUAGAAUAUACAGUUACAGGAUACUCCGACCCUUACUUUAAAAAGCAUUUUAGAAUGUUUCGAGGAAGCUUUGAGAACUUGUGUCGUAUCAUGGCACCACACAUCAAUGGAAUUGAAAAACGAGCAUGUGUACCAGUUGAAACAAAAUUAUUGUUGACUUUGUGGACACUUGGAAAUUUAGAAUCUUUCAGAGGCAUAGGAGAUAGAUUCGGACUGCAAAUGGGAAAUGCACACUUCAUUUUUUUGUCAGUCGCUAGAGCUUUCCGGUUAAACUCAGGAAAGUUUAUUAAAUGGCCAGCCAGACAUGAAUAUCCUAACGUUACACAGCAAUUCACGUUUCCGUUUGCUAUAGGCAGCAUUGACGGCACGUAUAUCAGAAUUCGCCAGCCACUCCACCAAUGUCGCGCGUAUACAAAUAGGAAAAAAUUCUGUGCAAUUACGCUUCAGGCGGUUUGCAAACCAAACCUGGAAUUUAUCGAUGUAUCCACUGGCUACCCUUCGUCAAUGCAUGAUUCAUCUGUCUAUGCACAUAGCAGGCUUAGUCAGAACUUAACAAGAUUGCUUGCUGGCACGCGUUAUGUGUUAUUAGCAGAUUCUGCAUACGGUUUGACCAUCAGAAUAAUGAAACCUUAUCGAAAUAAUGGAGGGCUUUCUGAUAGACAGAAGAAUUUCAACCGUAUUUUAUCAAGCAAUCGAGCAGCAAUUGAACGAGCGUUUGCAUUGUUAAAAGGAAAAUGGAGACGACUCCGCUAUCUAGACAUGUUGCUGUUGAACCGAAUUCCCGACGUCAUUAUUGCAGCCUGCUGCCUUCAUAAUUUGUGUAUUGAGUUUGGUGAUAUGGAUGAAGAUGAAUUUGGUGUUGAGGAUUUAGAUGGUGUUGCGAAUGAAGAUGGCGAAGGAGAAAAUUUUGUAAUUGGUACAGCUGCAGGGAAAAGGAAACGCGCUGAAAUAUCCUAUCUGUUGAUGUAAUUGAUUGUACCAACAUUCAGAAAGGCAAUCCAUUGAUAAUUAUUUUUAUAAUUUUGAACCGAGUUUUUAAAAAUAAUUAAAUAAAAAAAAUAGAAAUACA